AUGAACACGACAAAUUCAGCGGCCGAAACAACGCCCGCCACUGCUGCGGUACCUUUUGAGGAAUAUAACUCUGCGUUGGCAUAUGGCUCCCUUGUACCACCAGCUUGUCAGAUACACGUUCAUCACUUUCACCACUGUUCAUGCGUUCAGCAACAUCCAGAAAGAUUUCAGUCGGGUCCAGCUACCCUAUUCGCUGAGCUUCAAAAACGUCCCAAUCCUGCGAUUGUUAACGCCACCGUCGCUGCUGCCGCCACCACCAAUAAAAGCGAAAAUACAGCCUUUCGAAUAACCGCCCAGCCAGAAGAUGCCUACGCAUUGGCUUAUAGUGCCAAACAUCUCAUUCGCUCCAAAAAAGUACUUCCACCAGCAUCUUCGAUCCCAAAGCCGCCUCGUGCGCCAGGGCCACUGACAUCAUCAGCUUUGAAACAUUCCACAAUCUUCUCUGCACCGACUCAGGGUCGCAUGGCAACGAUCAGACACCCAAGCAUCGUCUCCCUAACGCUUCCUAAUGUUGUGGCGGAUGAGCCGAUCUGUCACGCACCCAUUCAGUUUCCCCCGGGCCUUCUGUCUCCUAUGGUUGUAAGUGUUUAUUCAUUGUUUGGUUUUUGUCUUUUGGCUGUAUGUAAGCAUCUGAACCAAUGCUUCGACGCGCUGAUGUAA